UACAAACCUCAUCACUUAAAAAAACACUAAACCGAAAAAACCCUAAUUGAAACAAUUCCAAUCAAAUUUUCCCCCAAAUCUCAAAAAUGGUGUGCUUCUGCUUCCUCGUUGAUCAGACGCGAAAGGUGCGGCAGCACAAGCCCGCCGCCGGAAUAUGCUCCCGCUGCGGCGGCGGAGCGAGCGUGGCGGACAUGAAAACCGCCACCAGAUUCUGCUACGUGCCCUUCUACUGGAAGACGUGGAGAGCCAUUAUCUGCACCUUCUGCGGCGCCAUUCUGAGGUCAUAUCGGUAAUUUCACUCGCACCGAUUGCCGCCGGCGAAGAGUUUUUUUUUUUUAUAAUAAUUUUUAACUAUUUAUUUUUGGUUUGGCUAAUGCUGGUGAAACCUUUUUGCCGGUGGGGAGUUUAGGCGAUUUGUACCGAUUUUUUUGAUUUUUUUUUUUCGUUUUUAGAGAUUUGGAUAAUGUACUAACUUCAUUUGUUGGUUGUAUAAAAUGGAAGAAAUUAUAUAUUUAUUUAUUUACUGCA